AACAGCCUUAGUGCUCAUAAUAGUAGCUGAAAUGUCUGUUUUUACAUGUAAGAAAGAUGGGCAGAACGAAUUCGCAAUGUAAUUUGCUGAAUAUUUAACAGUUUGUUUGAUCCGAAGUCGAAAGGGAGUGGGCAAUGGAGUCUUGCAGACAAGCAACAGUAAUAGUCACGGCCCUUCUGUUUUGUCUUCUAGGGACCACAGCUCAUUCAGGAACCCUCGUGUACCCGAGACUCUUCGAAAGCAGGGGUGAUGACGCCGACGUCUUGCUGCACAUCAAUGAAGCACUGACGCUGAACCUUCGCAAAAGCUCAAUACUCGCGAAAGAAUUUGUCAUUACAUCCACCACGAAGAAUCAUUCACAAAAAGUGGUGGUAAAUGGAUCGGAACUCGAGCGAGACUUGUACCACGACACAGAGCACUGCUCUUCGCUUCUUGUCACGAGAGAUGGAAACGGCGUGGAGGUGAGAGGAAUUCUGAAUGACAGGCUCAGGAUUGCACCAGCUGUCUUUGCUGAACGUUCUGAUGGAGGUCUCAUUCCCCAUAAGGUAUUUUCUGUGGAAGAAAGAUCAAACGUUCGUGGGCAUUCAACUGAAGAGCCAGAAAAUAUGAUCGCAAGGGAUAACGCAAGUCUUGGCCGUUGGGUGUAG